AUGACACAGUCUGACACUUACAAACUAUUCAUCCUAAGGCACGGACAGAGCGAAUUGAACCAUGAAAACAUAUUUUGCGGCUGGAUCGAUGCCGACCUAACAGAAAAGGGGAAGGAGCAGGCUAAGAAUGCUGCUCUUCUUAUCAAGGAGCAUUGCGCAAGCAAUUCUCUAGAUUUGCCAAGAAUAGGGUACAGUUCGAGGCUAGUGAGGACCCAAGAGACGAUCGAUGUCAUGUUGCAAACAUUCGGCAUUAAGAAGGCUAUUUACAAAAUCGUUAGCCAUGGUAACCCUGUAGAUAACGACAGUAACGGAUUUGCAGGACAUGAGGCUGUUGUUUAUCAAACAUGGAGAUUGAAUGAACGUCACUAUGGAGCUUGGCAAGGCCAAAGGAAGCCAGAUAUUUUGAAAGAAUACGGCAAAGAGCAUUAUAUGUUCAUCAGGAGAGACUAUAAUGGUAGGCCACCUGCGGCUGAUUUGACUCGAGAAAUGGUCCAAGAAGUUAAUGACAAGGGCUCUUUGACGGGCUACGAUUUCAAAGAGCCCAACAGGCACAUCAAGUAUAAACCUGAGGAAGAUGCAGGUGAAGUUCUGCCUAGUAACGAAUCUCUCUGUGAUGUGGUUAAGCGGUUGGAAAGAUUUUUGAGCGAAGCAAUUGUGGCGAAACUGAACAGCAACAAUUCUGCAGCAUUGAUAGUAGCACACGGAAGUUCAGUUCGUUCGAUAUUAAAGAUUCUGGAAGAUAUAUCAGAUGACGAAAUUAAAGAUGUUGAGAUACCAAAUGCUAUUCCAAUCGUUGUUGAGCUUGACAAGAAAACCAAAAAAUUUGUACGCAAGUAUUACUUGGACCCAGAACUUGCCAAGAUCAAUGCUGAGAGAGUGCGUAAUGAGGGGUUUGAGAAAUAUGACAAAUGA